GAGAGAGAGAGAGAAACGUACACAGAAGGGGGCUACGGAGCUACGAGUGAGAGACACCUCAGCUCCGUUCGCCAGCUCUUUUUGUCUGACACACUGCCGUAGUAAGAAGCUAUAGCUUCCCUCCGAUACCCGGAGGAGGUUUCGUGCCCUUGGAGGAAAAAGUCUCCCAAGUGUGAAAUGCAACGUGUGCUGCGGACUAAUUAAAGUGUUCCUGGUCCUGGACGACAACAUCACUCCUCCUCUCCUCUCCUCUCCUCCUCCUCCUCCUUGUUUUAUUCCUUUUCUGGGACAGCGUGCAAGUGAACAAGCAAAACAACACACACACACACACACACACACACACACACAUACACACACCCAGCUGCCAGGGAGGGGCCCUUUAUAAACUCAGCCUCUCACCGCAACCCAGCCUUCCUACUGUUCUCCGCUGCUCGUCCUCCAUGUCCUGGGCUAACCCUCGAAGGGCAGGGGCCCGUCUCGCAGCCGCCGCCGCCACAGCCGCACGCCACACCGCCGCCUCCGCCCCCCACCGCUCACGGACCGGCACGCGGUGAUGGAGCUGCCCACCCACCGUCUGACGCUGCUCUUCGUGGUGGUCAGCGGGCUGCUGGGUCUCUACGUGCUGUGCGUCAGCCUGCAGAUUCAGGUGCCCUGGCAACUGACCUUUGACACCUUCAGGCCCUUCUCCGCCACCAGGUCUCCUGAGGUGUAUAAUGACAGGAAUAGCUUAUUGGUGGACGCUUCUGAGGUCACAACAAUCCAAGGAAGUCCAUUAAAGACCACCAAAAGACCAACCACUACUACCACCACCACUACCACCACCACCACCACCACCACCACCACCACCAUCAAACCUGACUUCUUUGGAGACAAAUAUGCGGCUGACAACGUUCCCCUUCCAACAAGCUGUCCAGACAGCAUACGGACCAAAGUGCCACUCUCCAGCUUCGCCAACAAGUUUCUGGGCACGAUACCAGUGCUGCAGUGGGCCAAGUCCGUCUCCCUGGCAGAGUACCAGCGUCUGAAGAACUACCCCGGUGCCCAUGGAUGGGGCGGACUCGGGUAUCCCUUAAUACAGUCCACGCUGUCUGUCCUGAACAGCACUGCUAAUCAGGUGAUGUGCGAUGACUGGGAGCAGAGGCCUAAUCGCACCCAGUGCAUCCGCUGUGCGGUGGUGGGCAAUGGAGGCAUCCUCAAGGACUCCAAGAAGGGCUUGGAGAUCGACCAGCAUGACUACGUAUUCAGAACCAACGGGGCUGUGAUCAAGGGCUUCGAAGAGGACGUGGGCUCCCGGACAUCCUUCUACACCUUCUCCACCAACACCAUGCGUAACUCCAUGCGCAGCUACGCGGGACAGGGUUACCGCGGUCCCCCCAUCUCUGAGGAGACACGCUAUGUUUUUCUCCCGGACCACAACAGAGACUACAUCCUCAUGAGGGCCUCGGCCCUGCACCUCCCCAUAGAAACUGGACCAGAACGCAGCACAACGCCACCCAAAUACUUUGGAGCAAAUGCUUCUGUGGGGAAGUUCAAGAUGUACCAUCCAGACUUUGUUCGUUAUCUCAGAAAUAGGUUCCUGCGUUCCUCAAUUCUGAAUGGCAGAUACAAGAGCAUCUACCGGCCCUCAACAGGCGCCACCAUGCUUCUAGCAGCGCUGCACUCCUGUGAUCAGGUGAGCGCGUACGGGUUCAUGACCCCGAACUACAACAACUUCUCCGACCACUACUACGACAAGCAAUUCCACCGGGUCGCCUUCUACGCCAACCACGACUUCCGUUUGGAGAUGAAACUGUGGCAGGAACUCCACAAGGCAGGACUCCUGAAUCUGUACAUGCGCCCGUGAGACUUAUGGGGGGGAAAACCUGGCCGUUGCUGCCACAGCCGCGGGACUCGCAGGGAGCAGAGGCUCUUGGUGACGCCACGCGUGAGGAAUCGAUUCCGAGCCACGGUUCCACGUCACGGUUCCGAGCCAAAAAGACGAGGCGUAGAGAUGACCUCGCAUCGGAAGGGCUUUCUUUCUCCUCUGUCGUGACAUCCACUGGAUGUUUUUUUUUAAUAUAUAGAUAUUAAUUCAGCAACAGGCAAUGUUUUAUUAUUUAUUUUUUAAAUUGUGAACAUAUUUUUUUCUUCCAAAUACUGUGAAAUGGGUGCAGCCACCAGGGAAGGCUAGGCUGCACCUGGAAGUCUGUCCUCCCAUCUGUUCCGUGCCUUACCGAGGAACCAGUACGUUUGCUCUGCAAAGCCUUAAACCAAAAACCUAGUCAUACCAAACCCACGUCAAAAAAAACAAACCAAUCAUGCUACCGACGUGACGUGCCCCCGCCCCCCCCCCCCCCCCUUCAACACCAAUGACAUGACAUGAACAGGUCCUGGGAUCCCAUCACUGUGCCAGCUGUAACAAAAAAAAAAACAGUACGGGGUCCUGCUUUCCUUAAAUAUCCUGCCCGACCUAAAUACUCGGAACACUGUCAGUGGCACUCCCAUGUGACGUCCAGUCAGUCAGUCAGCCAGUCAGUCAGCCAGCGAGCGAGCGAGCGAGCCUGACCAGAGGGUUCCCUAUGUGUAACGGGAGACUCGAUAUAAUUAUAACCAGGGAACCAGUACUGAGACAUGGAGCUCCAUGGAGGAGCACAUCACUACUGCUCUACUCCGAUGAUUUUUUUUGUUGUUUUUAUUUUUGGAUUUUUUUUUUAUUGUUAUUGUUUUAUUGCACAAGGGAAUGGUUGAGGUGAUAUUUAAUAAUAUGAUAAUAUGCUGAGGGGAUAAUGUCUGAUUUUAGUGCCUUAAAAAAAACACAUGUCUGAUUAUGGUGGCUGUGGUGACCAUCAUCACCGUGUUUGGAGACGCAGGGAAUAAUCUGUUACGCUACAUCUCCAUCUGAAGGGAUCACUUGGCUUCUGGAAUUCUCCACACUGAUAUUAUAUUUUACUUCAAAGGUUUUUUUUUUCCUAGACAUCAGAUUUCAACCCAGGUGUUGUUCAGUCACUGUGAAGCCAAGCGCUACCGUUAUUUUCUCCACAUUAUACAUGCUGUACCCAUAUACACAGAUUCUGACCCAACGCCCAUACUGUAUGAAUCAGAUUCUAUACAAACAAUCAUUCCUUUUUCACAAUAAGUCCAUUUUCGAAGAUCCAUCCCAAACAUGUUGCAUACAGAGACUAGACAACAAUGUUUCAAGUAGCAUUUUUAAUGAUUUUAAUCACAUUCAAAAUCUUUUUCCAAUCCGAUUGUUUUAUGCUUUAUGAUUUUUAUAUAACACUGAUGACCGAAAUGGGUUUCAGUUUUCUUUUCAUGGGAACGGACUCUUGUGCUAACAGAUGUGGCUUUGCUUGAUAGCAUCUUGUGCAAUAAUUAACUCGAUGCCAAUUGUCCAGUCAGCGGCCUACUAUGUGCUUGUUGGCGCAUGGAGAACAUUUAAGCUUGUGGUUGUGAAUGGGUACUUGGAUAUGGAUGUCUGAAACACUCCAUAGAGGAGAGUUCAAAGAAUCUUGGAAAGCAAAGAGUUAUUUACUUUUAGAAGAAGAAUGUAUUCUCUUUUUUAUUUUUAUGUAUUUUUGAAUAAAUAAAACCACAAAGAAGGAUAUAA